ACUAUUAUUCCAAUAACAGUCUUGUUCUCUUGAAGAAGAAUCAAACCAUGACUUCAUUACUGGCGCCUGAGAUUCCUCAACAAGGAUUUUCAUUUGAAAACUGUCAACGCAAUGCGUUCCUGGCUCAAAAGGGUUUCCCCGCCCCCACUGCAGUGAAGACUGGGACCACAAUUGUGGGUUUGAUUUACGCGGAUGGCGUUAUUCUGGGUGCCGACACUAGAGCUACUGAAAACACCGUUGUAUCUGACAAAAAUUGCCAAAAAAUCCAUUAUUUGGCUGGGAACAUGUACUGCUGCGGGGCUGGCACUGCUGCUGACACCGAGAUGACGACCCAGACAGUGGCUUCGCAGCUUGAACUACAGCGUCUUCACACUGGUCGCGUCGUGCCGGUGGAGACAGCUGCCACGCUGUUGAAGCGUAUGCUGUUCCGCUACCAGGGCUAUGUUAGCGCUGCUCUUGUGCUUGGUGGAGUGGACCGUACUGGGCCUCAUAUUUAUUGUAUUUAUCCCCAUGGAUCUGUUGAUAAGCUUCCUUAUGCCACUAUGGGUUCCGGCUCUCUUGCGGCUAUGGCAGUAUUUGAGGCAGGCUGGAAGCCUUCUUUGUCUGAGGAAGCAGGCAAGAAGCUUGUCCGAGAUGCCAUUGCUGCGGGUAUCUUCAACGACCUGGGAUCAGGUUCCAAUGUUGACUUAUGCGUCAUCCGCAACACAGGUCCUGCACAAUAUCUUAGGACUUAUGAAGAAGCUAAUGUGAAGGGCAAGAAACAAGGCUCAUACAGAUAUGUUCCUGGUACCACUGCAGUUUUGAAGAAGCGUAUCAUUCCACUGGAAGUGGAGAGCAGCACCAUACGUACCGUGCAACAGCCAAUGGAGGUGGAGCCAUCUCACAGCGGACGUUAAAUUCUUUGCUCUUAU